UGGUACCAAUGCCUCGCCGACUUCUAGCCCCACUACAAGCCGAACUUGAACUUUCAACCAUCAAACUCUCGAUCAACGCGCUCACCAAAAGUUAUAACCUCACCUACAUCCUAAUUCGAAGAACCCGCGAUCAUCCUACCGCAAGACCGGUCAUCCCAUUGAAACUUCCACCCAUUCUAGCAUUAUGUCGAGCCAAGCCACCCUAAGCGCGGUAACAGACGAGCGCAAAGCGCGCCUCGCAAAGCUCAAGAACCUCAAGAGAAAACAGCCAGCGGACGAGAUUGUCGCGCCAGAGUCAGAACGCGCAGCUUCGCCCCCAACAGAGCCAGACGUCACAAAAUUGCACCUUUCCGGGCGCAACUACGACCCAGAAACGCGCGGUCCGAAGCUUGGCUUCGAGGCACCGCCGACCCAAGACCUAGAAAACCCUACGCUCGAAGAGCUUGCGGCAGACAUUGAGGCGGAUGUAAAGCAAAAAGCGGCCGAAGAAGCGCAGGACGACAAGGGAAUCGAUCUUUUCAAGCUUCAGCCGAAAAAGCCGAAUUGGGAUCUGAAGAGAGACUUAGAGAAGAAGCUGGAGAUCCUCAACGUUCGGACGGACAAUGCCAUUGCGAAGCUGGUGAGGGAGCGCAUCACAGGUGCUCAGAAGGCGGCCACACAAGCCAAGCAGGUCGAAGCGGGUAGCAGGGAGGGCGACGCAGCCGGAAUUGAUGGUAUCGCAUUAGUGGAAGGAGUGCGUGUGCGCGAGAGGGAAGAAGAGGACGAGAGACGAGAGAAGGCAGCUGAAGAGGAUGAAGAUCUGGCUGUCUAAAGCAGCAAACCCCGGCGCGAGAAGUGGAACACCCUUGUAUUAUACGGUUGCGGAGCAGGCAUGAACUCCCUUUGGCCUACAGAUAAUUGAUACCCAAUAGCUACCUAUUCAGGGACUGUGUCAACGCCAGUCUCUUGGAAAAUGGACUGAGACUGCGCUCUCGCUCUGGCUGUCGCUCAGAUCCACGACUUUGCCUUUCGUUCCCAC